CAGGUUCGCAUUGUCAUCACCCCAGCACAUCGUCACUCUCUUGCCUGAUGCUUCCACGAGACUGGCUUUUUGGCAAGCUUAGGGAUGGAGAUAAUUAGGCUCUCAUGAAUGACUAGUGUAAUUAUCUGACGCAGCAGCCAGUGCAGGACAGAUAUAAGGUGUGAACAAGCCGGAAAACAGUUUACGUUGUCAGCGUGUUGUGGUGGUGACCUUCGUGUGACUUACUGAUGACCAGUGUGAUAAAAAAAAAAAAUAUCUCCCUUUGCAGCCAUUCACGUGUGAGAGAAACAUGUGACUGUAUUAACUUUGUAUAUAAAAGGACACAGGAAAACAGUGAUACAGAAACUUUACAUGUUACUUAUUUAUCUAUAUUUUGAAGAUUAUCGUGUGACUUAGCUGCUCGUGACUAAGAAUACUUGAAAUAACUAACUAUACCUUGUGCUGAAAAAUUGCUGGCGUCGAUUUCCUUUAGUCUCGAAAAGUGACUCGGAAAAAAAGAAAAGAACAACAACCCGUGUGGCACUUCAGACUGUCAGACAUCAAGAGGAGUGCAAUCCUGAGGGACUUCGCCAACCUUGAAAGGGACUGCACCUGAACACGCACACCGCCUCUCUUUAAUAGCUCAUGAUGUCCAAGGAGGGGCGGGGCAGCUGAGAGCUGUCCUCGACACUGCCACCGGCUCCUCUUCAGUAUCAUGCCGUGGUCUUUCGUAGAUACCGACGAUUCUGGCGCUUUCUCGUUAACUGCCAAUACGACUAAUGGUUGGUCUGGGACCUCGAAAGAGAGCAAUGAAGACCUGCUACUGGGCAGUAGCGACAAUCAGAGCACGGUGGAUGAAGAAGCAGGGGUGGGAAACAGCUCAGGUGGCGCAGGGGUCAGCGCCAGGGACGAGUCUCUGGUGGUAUGGGAGAUAGUGACGCUGCUCGCCAUCUUUGUGCUCACCGUUCUGGGCAAUGUGGUGGUGUUGUUCAUGCUCUUGGUGCGUCGCAAGAAACUCACCCGCAUGUGUUACUUCAUCCUGAGCCUCUGCGUCUCGGACCUGGUCACCGCCUUCCUCAAUGUGCUCCCGCAGCUCGUAUGGGAAAUCACAUAUAGGUUCCGCGGCGGUGGCUUUCUUUGCAAGGCAGUGAAGUUCGCACAGUUACUUGGACCUUACCUUAACUCGUAUCUUUUAGUAAUGACUGCACUGGACCGAUACCAAGUCAUUUGCUACCCGCUAUCAAACUGUGCCUGGACUCCACGAAGGUCCAAGAACAUGAUCUACCUUGCGUGGGCGUUGGCACUUGGGUCGUGCACGCCGCAGGUGUUUGUGUUCAGCUACCAGGAGGUCGGGGACGGAACGUGGGACUGUUGGGCGUCUUUCAUUCCGCCAUGGGGACCACGAGCCUACGUCACGUGGUAUGCCCUCUCCGUAUUCAUUCUGCCUCUCUUCUUCCUCAUUAUCGUGUACACGUGCAUCUGCCGCACGCUCUGGGUGAACUUCAAACACAAACAGAUGGAUGAGCAGCGGCACCGAUGGCACGACCUGCGGCGACCAAGGCUCCUGGUAAGGCUGAGGACACAAGGGAAUCGUUCCGACGGGGGCGAGGUUUCUACUUGCCUGCACUCGCCACAGCAGGAGAAGAUAAUACCGCUGCUCGACUCAAACUCUUCCACUUCCACUUCCACCGUCCACAGGCUGCCUGCGAAGAAGAUGACAAGAGCGUCCUGCAUGAGGAUCCCGUCAGCCACCAACCCUCGCUCGCACUCCAUCAGAAGCAUCAGCCGAGCCAAGAUCAAAACGGUGAAGCUGACCGUGACCGUCAUCUUCUGCUACGUGAGCUGCUCCGCGCCCUUCAUCUCUGUGCAGCUGUGGCACGUGUGGGACCCCGACGCUCCUACUUCGCCCUUCUACAGCGGCGCGGCUUUCACCAUCCUGAUGCUGCUGUCGUCCCUGAACAGUGUUGUCAACCCUUGGAUCUUCCUCGCUUUUAAUGAAAACUUGUCGCAAAUAUUGCGAAGUUUGUGCACCUGCCGGUUCAAUAUCAGAUGGGGACCUUGGGCUACCCACACCUUCAGAAGCUCAGAUAGCAACAAGAAUUUGAGACUAACGGUGUUCACGACCACGGAGGCGGAGCACCAGGCUGCCUCUCACAAGCCAUCGCUCUCUCCGGGCCAUACCGUCACCCUUUGUGAGAGUAGCAACGGCUGCUAAUCUCAACUCCUGGCUUUGUAGGAAGCAGAGGCGCGCGGACAUUAGAUAUUCAUUUUAGUACUGUUAUCAAAAAUACUUCCAGAUUAUACUGCAAGUUCUCUUUUCGACUUAUUGUGUGGGUAAUAAAUAGUGUUUGUGAGACUUUGCCAAGGUUUGGCAAAGGAGGUGAACAAAUAAGACUCCAGGAUUUCAGCCCAGGUGAAGGAAGCUGGAGGAUUUCACGACAAUAAUGAAAUGUUGAACGAAAAUGUAAUAUGAUUGCCAAGUAACAAAUAAUUUAUUGUGUAGUCUUUCUUUUUCAGUUCCGUGAAUGAAUGAAUGCCACAGAAUUUUCAAUCCUGAUUUGGAAGGAUGAAGCCUAUCCGAGUAGGAGUCCUGCUGGAGUGUUAACAAGGCUGCAAACGCACCUCUCACCAGCCCUGAGUGUCACUGAGCGUCCCGUCGCGGCUCUCGAGGGGGACGAGCGAGUCGGCGAGGCACUGCUUUGACCUUCAGAGCUGUGACAGAUUGACUGAAAAAGUAGAACUUUAAGCAGGUUGCCUUUUCGUUAUAUAAUAUGCCCAGGCUUUGCGGGGGCGUGGCCGGGCCUGUCGUAUUAAGUGUUCUCUUUGCGGUACUGUGUGUGUGUGUGUGUGUGUGUGUGUGUGUGUGUGUGUGUUCUUGGCUCCGUGCUUAAUGAAAAUAAAAUACAAUAACAGGAAUCGUCGAGGUGUUCAGUGUGUGAAUAUUGGUAUAAAAAUAUUCAUGGAUGUACAUAAAAGUUAUCGAGUGUGUUUAUGGAAAGCACCAGCUUGGGGAAGACCUGGUGUGUGUGUGUGUUUGUGUGCAUGUAUUUAUAUUUCUCGAAGUCUUAAUCUCUCUGACCUCCAGCUGUUAUCAUACUGGAAGGAGGUGAGACCAUAGAGACCGAUUUAUGAGAACUGGAACAGGACACAACAUAGAGCACACGCCCCAUCUCUUGUUCAGAGGGACAGUAACUGCUCAAUGUUAGUUAAAAUUCCUUAGUGUUCUGAGCGGAGUUCGAACCUAUGUUUGUCAAUUAGCAGACUGGGCAAAUUGUGUUUGUAUGUGCGCGUGUCUCUGCCUUGUGGACAGUGGGUGUACAUUAAUAAUGAGUGCACUCCAUCUAGUUUUAUGUAAAUGCGCUUAAUGCAAUUGUACAAAAAGAUUUCGAUUCUCUCUCCCAUUACAAGUACAAGAUUUCUGAAAUGAAUUACCGUGAACAAAGGACUAAAAUCUUUCUUUCCAUUGAAGAGGAAGGGAGUUGCAAGCAUGGCGGGUGGAUUAAUGAAAGGACAAAGGAUAAAGAUAGUGAGUGGAACGCACGUAACGGAAUGCGACUGGAAUGCAUAAAAUACGCCAAUGAAGAGAAGAUAAGAGUGCCAGACUGUGCAGCUGCGUGAAAAAUGUAUUAUGUACUCCAAGUUAAAUGCAUGGCUUUUUAUUACAGAUCGCGCUAUGAGUCUGAAGCUCAACAUGUAAGUAUGGACUUUAGGAAUGCAUGUACAUACGUGUGUGUAUGUGUAUGUGCGAAGAUAAUAUGUACAUGAAGUGUAAAAAGUGUCAAAGUUUGAGUUUGUACUUGCGUCAUGUUCCCAAACAGGAGAGGAAAGGAAGAGAAGGGAAGGAAAGAGAUAAACACAACGGGCCGUGUUUCAAACCAAUUGUGACCAAGUGAUAGUGUGUGAUAGGAAUGGUCUACGUAGUUUCCGUAUAGCGAACUUCAGUUCCAUUCAUCUCCAUAUCCUUUUCUCUCUACGUAAUAGUAAUAAAAUACCCACUAAUAAUAAAGUAUGUAGGUAAGUGUUGUUGAGUGAUGAUAAAUAUAAUUACAUGUGUUCAGAACUUACUCAAUAAAUAUGC